GCCCAGAAGCAGACGCACACACACCUGCUUCCGCUCGGUGUUAAUUGGAAGACCGUUCAAAUUAAAACACACUCUGCCGUCGGUGCGUCUCAGUAAUGGCCGAGUCUCGGAGAAUCCCGCUCACCACUCUGAGCUGUGGCAUCGCUUCAUUUGGUUCUGAAGCACGGGGUUCCGUCCAGCGGGGUUCUCCUGUUGUUCCCCAGGACGCCGGAACCGGCUCAGCCCCGCCAUCUGCCACCGAAACUGUUCGGCUGGUUCUCACUUUGUUUGAGCCGGGCAAGAGGAGCUUUCCAGAGUUUAACUACAGUGAGCUGGUUGAGAACGAGUUACAGCAAACGGACGAUGUCCCUCUGAGCCGACUGGAGCUGGAAGAACGGCGAGAACAUGAAGAAACUGCUGCUGUCACAAGAAAGUCAGAGCAAAAACAUGGAGGCAAACAUAAGAAUAAAGACCGCAUUGAGGAUCUGCUUGACAUUGGAUAUGGAUAUGAUGAUGAGGAUUCUUUCAUUGACAACUCUGAGCCAUACGACGAGUUUGUGCCAUCCACCCUUACCACUAAAUUUGGUGGAUUCUACGUGAAUUCGGGCGUUCUGCAUUUUCGUCAGGCCUCUGACACAGACGACUCAACAGGCGAGGGAAUAUUUCAACCAACUAAAAAACGUAAACUUGACGGUGAGCAGAAUCCAAAGAAACGGGGUAAGGCACUUGGUGCGAUGAAGACCAACACAAAUUUAAGCUCUAUGUCCAAACUAGGGGUGGAUGAAGGAAAAUUUAAAAAGAAGAAAAAGGCCAAGACGUUGAGCGUCACCAGCAUGCUCAAGAAGUUUCAGCGAGAGAAGGAAAGGGAGCGGCAAAAACAGGGGAAGACGCGCCAGACCACAGCUGCUGCAACGGAGCCAGCGACCACAGCCUCCGUGCUCCCGGCAGAUGCACCUGGGGGAGGCAGCUCCAAUGUAACGGACCCUCUCCUCAGUUUGAUCGGCUCCACCAAUGAUCACGCUCUGAUUCAAGCAGCCAGCACUGUGGACUUUGACAUAGAUUUGGACUCUUUGUUAGAGGUUAGCGAAGAGCCUCUGUCGCCAAAAUGUCUUCCCCAAACAGCUGCUGAAGCACAACUUGACGUCAAAUCAGAUGAUCAGAUCCAGCAGAACGUUCAGUGUGAAGGUGAAUCCCAAUUUUUAACCACGAAAACCAGCUUGCUCCCGACGCCUCGCUCAGAGCACCUUCAGCUCCGGGCUGAAGCCGGUCCUGUGGUUCUGCCUCAGAGUACCCCGCUGCCUGAGGGACUUCCCCCAGAACUGGAGGACAGCAUUAGGAGCCUGGUGACGGCUGCUAAGACAUUGGAGCGGGAGUCAAAACUCAAGUUCUUCAGUCCAGAUAUCAACUCAAUUCUGCUCAAUAUUGAGCUGCAGUGUCAGGAGCAGAGCAGCCAGCUUCGCUCCAAAGUCUACAAACACCUGUCCUCCUUCCUGCCCUGCAGUAAAGACACUCUGCUGAAACGAGUCAAGAAACUGCUCAUCACACAUGAAGAGGAAACUCCUGGUGCAGAAGAUCAACUGCAGCAACUUAAGGAGGCCAUUGAAAGGUCAAUGCCAGAGCAGGUGGCUUGCUUCCAGGAAUGUUGCCAAGCCUAUGAGCAAGCAAAGACUUCAAAGGAAACGGAAGAGGACAGGGUGGUGGAGAAAAGUACCAGAAAAGCUGUUCCAAAGAAGUUGUUCAAAUGGAAUCAGGAGAUAAGAGAUUGUUUGGGUCUCUUGUUGAAAGAGAAACUGGCGACGUGUCAAAAGGAGGGGAAAGAAGGGCAAGAGCUUGAAGAGUACAUGAAGACUGUGCUUGACAAUGAAGUGAAACCUCUUUGGCCUAAAGGAUGGAUGCAGUCCAGGGUGCUGAUGAGGGAGAGCAGGAAGCUGUCAGGCCUCUUUGCUUCACUCCAAGUAAACAAGGCCAAGAGCUGUCAAACUGAGAAGCGUCCGGACAGGUGCACAAGCACUCGGGGAACUGAAGAACUGAAGGUGGAGUCAGGCGUCUCGGUUUCCUUCUCUCUUCCAAAGUCAGAUGGACCUCCAGAGACUCCCGGAUGUUCCCUCCUGGAUAUCCUCGCUGACCAGGCACUGGCUUGUGAGCAGCCCUUCAGUCUCUCCAGGGACUACUUGGCGGCGGCAGUCUUCAAGCCCUGGAGCGUUGGGAUGAACGACAGAAGUCCUCCUCUUCCUCCUCCACCGCCUCACUCAAGCCCAAUCAAUUUCCCUGAGAGUCGGGUUGUUUUGCCUCAGCUGUUGCAGGGAGCGACGAGCAGACUGAAGCUCUCUUUCACUGGAGUCUUCUCUGCGGUCCUGUUGGAGCGGAGCUCAGCCAGCGCCGUCCGUCCCUUGUAGAAGGUCACCACCAGCUUUUCCACGGGCGCGACGUCCUCAACUGUGCACUGCAGAAUGUACUGUCGACUCUCGUACAUCGGGCCGCUGUGAUUCAAAAACCGGAUGGAGACUGUUUUUGGUGGCUCUGUGGAGGCAGACAGAGGGUCAGGUCAACUUAAAAUCCUUCAUUUUCUCUUAUGG